AUGAAGGAGGAAGUGCAGGACGAAGAGAGGGGAAGGCCGAGCCGAGGUCGGCCCCCGAGCCGCGGAACGGCUUCUUCUUCUCUCCGGGAGAAGAAGGAGAAACUUGAGUCGAGCAGCAGUCGCGACGAGAGCGAGAGAGAGGGAGGCGAGCAGUCUAGCGCGUCGCCCCGCUCGCGAGAAGACACGAUGGCUGUCGCGGCAGACCGGUCCGCCUCGGAGCGCGGUCGCCGCGCGUCGUCCUUCUCCGCUGACGAAGACGGGAAGGGCGCGGUGUCUCAGCAGGCUUCAGAUGGCGAAGAGACGCGCGAGAAAGAUCGGACCUCGUCUGCUUCGGCCGGAUCGCCGGACGCCGAGGCUCCAAGCACCGAGAAGGGCCAAGACGCAGGUGCGGACUCGACGCGCGACGAAGAGGCGCGGAAGGCCCGGAGGGAGCGGAAGCAAGAGAAACGGAGACAAGAGAUGCUGGCAGCAGAGUCGCUGAUCGAGCCGGACGGGCCCAAGCGCUACGCUUUCAGGGAGAAGAGACAGAAGCGCGAGCGUUUCGAGGCGGACAUCGCAGCCAAGAAGUCGUACACUGCAGUCCCGACAGGGUUCCAGCUGUCGUCGCUCGAGAUCUCGCCCGACCAGGUCCAGGGGCUCCAGCUCUUUGUGUACCGGAAAAAGCGGAAAGCUCGGGACGAACGAAAACUGGGCACCUCCGGAGAAGCGGGCGCCGGGGGCGGGUUCGAGAGACAGGCGAGCACGAACGGCGAUGUAGGCGGCGGCUCGGGACCCAGAGGCCGUCUUGGGAGUGUCGGGACGGGGACAGGUUCCGAGGGAGGCGAAGCCGAAGGGGAAGCGCUCCCAGAGACGCUGCAGUCGGGAUCCAAGAGCAGCUUUACGCUUGGCUCUUUGGAUCAGUCGGGAUCCAGAGACAGGAGGUACCGGAAAAAGAAACGAGGGGGGCCAGGACGCCCGCGCAUCCACCCGAUCCCUGCUCCCGCGGGCGGCGCGCUGAGCCACCACACGGCGCUCGGAACGAGAGUCGUGAAGAAGCUCCUGCCGAAUCCGAAACUGGGGCCGAAAGGGGAAGGACGAACGGCUUCCCAGGAUCGGGUCUCCGGGCUCCGAGAGGAAACGAGCGCGUCGGGCUUGGAGGCCGACAAAGCGCCCUGCGGGAGGAAGGGAGCGGCUGAGGCGCACAAGGCGGCUGGCGACAAGAAGAAGGCCACGCUGGCGGACGGAAGUCGCGGAAGCAAACGGGCGAGCGUGGCGUCGACAGGGAAGAAACGCGACGGGAAGACAAAGAUGUCCGACGGAGGAGACGGAGACCUGGAACACGGAAGGGAAGUGGCCCCCAUCAGUGAAGAGAGUGCGAGAAUGAUUCGCGAACAAUUCUUCCAAGACGCCGCCGCCAUCGAAGAGUACCUACCUUUCGGCCUGUACUACGGAGACAGUCUCGCAGAGGACCGCGACCUUCUGGCGAGACAGGAGGAAGCGCAAAAGGCGCGGUACUUGGAAGCCAAGAAGGCUUUCCAACGCGAAAUGUUUCAGCGUCUCUUCCUGGCCUCGGCGAUUCGGGAAGAAAGCGAGAAGGCGCAACAGGCGAGAAGCGAGGGGGGUCGGGAGUCCGGCACAAAUGAGGCCUCCCAGUCCUCUCCGCGCGCCCUCGGUGGAGAAGUGGAUCUGGAGAGGAAGAGACCCGACGCGGCAGAAUCGGAAGAAAAGGACGAGCACCGACGGAAAGGAAGCAAAGAGGAAGGAAGCGACUGCGCAUCGCCUGUGAAGUCUCGGGCCAGAGAGGCGUCCCAUGACGCAGAGAGAGAGAGAUCGCCAGAGCGUGAGGACCGAGAGAGGUCGAAGGGGAGCAGCUCGGCUGACGAGGCGGAAGACAGCCUCGUGUCUCCGAAUCGCACGCGAGAGAGAAGACGGUCGAGUGCGUCGCGUCAGUCUGUCGCGUCUGCUCUGCGUUCGCCAUCUGAUUCCCUGGCACAGGAAAGCCUGACCGAGCAGCCGGUACGUUCGCCGUCGGCGUCUUCAUCUCGCCGCGCGUCUCCAGGGAGGCGAGCGAAGGCGGAAGCCGAUAGCGCAUGCGAGGACGCCACGGCGCAGAGUGCUUCAACCCACGAGGGCGAGGCGGCGGGCCGCCCUGGCUCUGACGGCUCGAGCUCGAAGGAGACAGAUUUCGCUGAAAAAGAGGGCGAACUGGUGCAGAAGCGUGGGAGAUCGAGCACCAGUGGAGGCGAGAGACCGGCACGGUGCGUCGAGUCGCAACCGCAAGACACAGACAGUCGAGCAGAAACGAAUAAGGAGAACAAGGCGGCAGGCCAGUCGCGCGCACCCUACUCUCUCAUGCCUUUCCCUUCACAAGCUCCGACAGCAGAAGGUUUCUUCUCAGAAGUGCUUGCCCGCGAAACCUGCAAGGAAGACAUCGAAACGCGACGACAGGCAACCAAGUCGCUCCAGGCUUCCGCGGCGAGUCUCAUGCGAGCUGUGACUCACCUUGCGGAGUCGCGGCCGUUCGUCAGCCGCCUCGGCGCCUCGGCCGUAGCCUUCUCGGGACCGACGGGGAGGCAGAAACAGGCAAGGGGAGAAGACGCGUCAUGCCCGUCAGGAGACUCGCGUUCGGUCUGCCCCGGCGGCCGGCCUCUCGGGGCGCGCCUCUCGUCGGCCCUCUUGAGAGCUGUGCAAGAAGAAGCCGAAAGCAUGGAGCCGGCAAUGUUCGCCGUAGCCUCGUCGCUCUCGCACCUACUUCGCGCCUACCCUCCCUCGAUUCUGUACGAGGACUUGCCGCCUCGGUUGCAGCUCUCGCCUGCGGCUGUGGCGUCGCUAGCCAGAGAGGACGGAGACACACAGGAAGGGACGCAUGCAAAGGAACGUGCAGCGAAGCCGGAGGAAGACGCGGGCGUCUCUGCUCCCGGCGAGAAGGGCGCGAGAGUGAAAGAAACUGACACUCAGAAAGACGAGGAAGGGAAGCCUCGAGAUCGCAAAUCUGUGCGUCCAGUCGGUUCGGAAUCUGCGCGAGGGACGACAAGCACGAAUCAGGCGUCAGGGGUUGAAAAGGAGGGAGAUGCUCGAGAGGAAAAGGCCCACGUAACUGCGGCGCAGGCGCCUCGCGGGCCACUGGCGGACGCUCCGCGACGGAGAUUCGCGUCCGAGAAGCGCCUCUGCUUCAACUCGUUGACUUUCGCGCACGCGCCGCUGAGGCACUUCCGGUGCUGGGCCUCGCCUCCGGGCCCGCUGGGGCUGUUUCCGCCGUCCCGGCCUGUCUCCUGGCGCCGCGUCAGGGCGCUGCUGCGGGCUGCGGGGACACGGCGCCUCGCGCGGCUCCACGCUGAGAGCCAGCAGCAGGGCGUUUUCUAUGCGCCUCCGUCGGGAGAGUGGGAGGCUCUGAGCGUGAUUCACCCAGUCUUUUGGGGCACCAGGGGCGAGGGCCGCAAACGCGCCGGCCUGCUCUUCAGCGCAGAGGACGAGGAGACGGACUCCUGUGACUGCUCCGAGGAAGAAGGCCGCGGAGCGAAGGACGUCGGAGCUUCUUCGUCGAAGAAGAAAACCCCCGGGAAGGGCCCUGCCAGUCCCGGGGCUGUGUCCGACCCUUCGGAAUCAGCCGUCGCGUCACCCCUUGCUGCCUUGGCCUCCGGGGGAUCUUCCGGAGGCGGCGGCCUCGGCUCCGUCAAGGAAGGGACGUCUCUCGAAUCUGCGGCCUUACCUUCGCUCUCGCACGCGUCGACUGUUUCGGCUUCGGGCUCCAGCGGUCCGAGUGGCGGCGUAAGCACGCCGUCGACAACUGCCUCUGGAGCCGCGAAGGCGAUUCCUGCCUUGCCGGCGUCGUUGCCUGCGGGCGCCUGUCAGCCGUUUCUCGCGGCGCGCGCGACUCUCCAGGCGCGCCAGGAAGAGAAGCGCCUGGCCUUGCCGCCCCCGUUGCCCCUGCGUCCCCACUGUCUGUCGGCCGACCUCGAGGCGAUCGAGAAGGCCCUUUGGAGCCCAGCCGGCGGCUGCCACGUUGUCAGCUCCGGGGAGCGCCACUGGCGCCGCGUCGACCGCGUCCUCAACGCCUUCCACUUCUCGCAGGUCGCCCAGGCGAAGGCGUCUCCGUCCGGGAAGGGCGAGGACAGGCGCGAGGCGAAGGACGACGAGAUGGCCUUUGACGCAAGCGUCUUGCCCGGGAACUUCAAAACCCUCCUGGAGCCGCUCCACUUCUUCCCGUCCGAGCAAGACCUCGAAACCCAAGCCCAGCUCCUAGAUCAAGCUCGCGCCCUGGGAUCCGCGCUCGCAUCGCAGUCCGCGGGAACCAAGAGCCUUAAGGCGGGCGCUGGGGACGGAGCCCACGGCAAAGCGGGGAGCAAGGCCUCGCCCCAGGGCGGGCCCCACACGGGCGGCGCCGCGAGCCGCGGGGGCGGCCUGCAGGGGUCGCCGACGAGCGCGUCGGGGGACAGCACCGGGAAGGCGAGAUCGAAGAAGCGACCGGGGACGGCCGACGCGUUUGGACCCGCCGUGAGCGCAGAAGAGCGGAAGAGCGAGGACCGACGGACGUCACCAGGAGCCUUUUCGGGCCCCUUCGCGUCGGGCGCGGGGGACGGGGAGAAAGGGCGGAAAGAGGCCAGCGUCGGAGGCGGCGAGAAGACCACCCUGAUGUGCUCUGCCGCGAGUCUCAAGAAGCUGCACACUGACGCCGCCAACAAUCCAGAAGUCGAGGCAGACAUUCGCCAACUGCUCCUGUGGCGGUGGCGAAAGGAGGGCGCGUCGCCAGGUCCCGCGUUCGGUCCCGUCGCGGUCGCGACUGCGCCCGACGAGGGCCCGGGCACCGGAGACGAGGAGACACCUGACGCGCAGGAGGGGAAGGAGAGAAGUCUCGAAGGCGAGGAAGAGCCCGACGCCGAUCGCGAGAACGGGGAUGUGGAGGGGCGAGCCGCGGAGACACACGCAAAAAGCGACUCUGGGAAGAAGCGGCCUCUUCCGGGCGACGCCGACAGAAAGGAGGAACGAGACGGCCUGCGAGAAGACGAGAGUGGAAAGCGAAGAAAACACGAAGAGGAGAAGAGAGACGGAAAACGCCUCGCAGCGCAGACUGGGCGAGCGAGUACGAGACAAGCCGGAACCGACUUCGGCGACAACGAAGGCGACGAAACUCCCACGAGUCUGUCUGCCGCGACGACCGUUGCGCCUGGCUCGACUGUGGGGACGGCGUCGAUGGAGCUCGAGGGCGAGAAGGUUCUCGGAAGAGACAAGCCCGCGGGGGCCGGGCAAGGCGACGCCCGACCUCGGAGGAAUGCGGCGCGCAGUCGCCUUGCCGACGUCCUGACAGCAGUCAAAGGAGGCAAUCACGCUGGACUCUCGGGCGCAGAGACUGGCCAAGCAGGCACUCCGUCGUCCUCGGCGCCCGGAGCGUCCUCCCCGCCCGCCCCGAGUGUGUCGUCUGCGUCUCUGCCUUCUGCUCUUUCCGCAUCUCCCGCACUGUCUCCGAGCACCUCCGCGAGUGCUUCUUGGGGCCAGUCUCCUUUUUCGAAGGCUCAGGGCACUGUCUCCUCGCUGGGGUCCUCGUCGCCUGGAGCAUUGGGCGCCGCGGGCGAGAGCGCGGCCGCGGUCGCCCUGGCGGGCGUUGCGCCGGGGGCUCCACCGUUGAAGUGUCUCCUCCGUCUCCUGCGGCACUACCCGCUGAGCGUCCUGGCGCAGCGGCUGGGAGUUCACAGGAGCACAGUCGCGCGGUGGGCGAAGAUGUGGACGAGACAGCAGAUCGAGGAGGAAGGCGACGAUGACGAAGACGAGGGCGAUGCUCCAGUUGCGUCUUCGGCCUCCUCCGUGAGAGGCCAUGCCGAUUUGUGA